CAUCGGAUAGUAGGGAGAUGCGUAAACGAGGGGAAAUGGCGGCGCAAAAUUUCCUACCGCUGCGGAACAAGCAAUUCCGACCAAAAAUCUAGAACUCCAUCAUCGCCGCCUAGCCUUCCCAAACACCCAGCGCCGUUGCAGCCGACCAGUUUCCACUGCAGAUUUCCAGCCGCUUCCCCUGAUUAGGGAACAAACAAGUCCUCCUUAUUUAUAUAAGAGUGGUUGAAAGCACAUACUUCAACAGUUAAGAUAAGGUUUGAAAAACAAAAACUUUUAUUAUCUAAAUCGUCAAAAUGUAUACACAUUUCAUUACUGUACUCUUACUCUGAGAAAUAAGGAAUGAUAGUACAUAUUUGUUUGAGGUGCGCGCAAAGACUAUAUGUAUCUAGAAGACAACUGAACGAUUAUCCUUCUUUUUAAUAGUUCAUAACUUUUAGUGAAAGGGAACCAUUUGGCUUUGUUUUCGAACAGACUGAUGUCAUUGACCCUUAUUUUUAAGUGUUGAAUCCCUAUUUGAGUGACUGACCAACUCUCAAGAAGCAUUUUAAUCAAAUACGGAUUACCAUUUUGAUUGACUACAACUCUAGAUUUGUUCUUCAUUUUACUUUUUAUUCAAAAUUCUAAAAAAUGGACAAACUUUUUCUUAUUCAUGAAAUUAUACCAAGUCAUGCAUUAGAUUUGAAAUGCUACAUCAUUUUUGGUAGCAUUUCUAUCAAUUCAUUUGCAAUAACUUAUGUUAGAUUGGCUAUUGUAAUUGCUCUUCAUCAUCGUUGUCCAAACUUGGCCUCACCCUUUUUUACACCCUUUUUUACACAUCUUUACACAUCUAGAUAUGUUUCUAGAUUAGAUUUUUAAAAGAAUGGUGCACUGCUACAAUCUAGAUUUUUUCAAAAUUAAAGUUGGUUGCAUUCGGGUUAUUACAAUAUUUCUUUGAUUUAUCUCUUUAUGGACUAUUACUAUAUUGCUUUGAGUUAACUCCUAAUUAUAUUAUUGCUCUGUGAAGAUGAUAUUGCAUUGCCAUUAAGUUUAAGUUUCCUUUUCCUAUUUUUGGUUGUUACUGGAUUUAUGGCUACACAUUAGAGCUAAUGGCAAUACCUUAACUAAUGCUGCCUUGGGAUUAUUUUAUUACCGGAUUUGGUGGCUACACAUCAUAGCAAAUUGGUUAGGCUAUACACUGACUUGGGAUGCUGAGUUUGUUUGGUACUAAUGCUGCAAUGUUGAUCUCCUUUGAGAAUUUGCAAUGCUUGUAAUAUUAUUUAUUACUUGGUUAGGAUUUUGUUUUCUUUCUGCUUGGUCUUUUCCCUUAGUACUUUUUUAAAAAAGUUUUUAAUCUUUUGUAAUGCUUUUUUUCUCCUUUGAGGGGAUUUGGUUUGGCCCUAACUUGCUUUUGUACUCCCUCCGUUUGGAAAAAGUGUUCCUAUUUUGACUUUGUGUAAAAAUAAGGAAGUAUUAAAUUGUAGUUGACUUCCAAUUUUGCCCUUGAUGUGAUAGGUAAAAUAUGGAUAAAUGGCCGACCUUUGAGGCUGCUCUGGUGCAUGUUGCCGAGAAGUUCUUGCAACUUCUUGCGCCGGAGGUUUUCGCUGCCGUCAAGAGUGUUAUUGGAGAACAACCUCUGAUGACAAAUUUUCCUCAGGUCUUGCCAGACCAGGAGGAAAAUCAGACUGGACAGGUUGUGGUCGUGAGCGGUCGUGACGUCGGGCACGGAUCGGUCGGAGAACAGGGCGUCAUGGGUGUGGAGGAUCUCCUUCGCCAUGUCGGCCGAGGAGACGAUCACGGUCGAUUUGCACCCGCAUUACGGGGCCGUACUCCUCCGCGAGCUUUGCCAGUGUCUACUGCGGCUUGUGGAACAAGUCCGAGAGGUUGGAGAUGAGGGUAAAAAUGGAAGGCCCGGGUGGGAGUUUCUUUUGGUGUUUGGUUUUUGUGAUGGUUCUUAGGAGUGAGUGGAGAGUGUAUAGU